AUGGAUUUUGAAACGUUUAUUAAAGAUAGAAAUCAGCCUGUUGUCUUUAAAAACUUUAUAAAUGAAUGGUCGGCCAGGAAAUGGACUCUCCAACAUCUAGCUCAAUAUUUGAAAGACACGGAAAUCAAGUGUAAAAUUGGACCCAAAUUUCAAGGAAUAUUUGAAACACAGUGCUUGUAUCUAGAUAUUACUAUAGAUGAUUUUAUUGAAUGGUGUUCUAGUAAGAGUAGACCCUCGAAUCCUCUACAUCAGAUUGAUAAAGACAAGUACUUCUGUUAUUUAGAUUAUAAAUAUAUGGUGGAAUUAUUUUCAGAUAAUGAGGAAAUUUUACAAAGUGUAGAUUGGGGUGUGUUUGGUUUAACAGAUCGUUAUGGUAAUGAUAGUACAAUAUGGAUAGGAUCUGAUGGUUGUACAACACCUUGUCAUUAUGAUACUUAUGGUUUCAAUCUGGUAUCUCAGAUCUCUGGCAGAAAGAAAUGGUAUUUAUUUCCACCAGGGGAUAUGGAAUCACUGUAUCCAACUAGAAUACCAUAUGAAGAAUCCAGUGUAUUCAGUGAAGUUAAUAUCACUAAUACUGAUUUUAAUAGACAUCCUCAUUUUAAGAACUGUCAUCCUUAUAUGGUAAUAUUAGAGCCAGGGGAUGUAUUGUAUGUACCUAAACAUUGGUGGCAUUAUGUUCAGUGCCUGGAUACAGCUAUAAGUGUCAAUACUUGGGUUGAAAUGGAAGAUGACAAUGAGACAAGAGUUAGAGAAGCUAUAACAAGAAUACUGAUAUCAAGUUUAUCAUCCAGUAAUAAUGAUAGUAACAACAGUCUGGUCAAUCCCACUGAGGUCUGUUCCAGGAUUUUACAUAACUCUUAUUAG